CUGUCAUUCCAGUGGUAUCCGAUACGAGUCAACACAAGUUGCGUCCCUUGUACGUAACCAACCGACAGGAUGCGUCAGACGGUCCUACCUGGGUUUUUGGUGUUUCUGUUAAAUUUCGGACACGUAAAGUCCAGUUCGACUGACCAAUACAAGGAAGUAUUUACUAUGACGAAAGACUGUCUAUCCCAUGAUCGGCGGGGACCUCAUUACCUCACACAGUACGAGAAGUACCUGGUCACGUGGGACGGCGAAGACUUCUUCAUCUGUAUGGUGCUGUUUGAGGCCAGGAACGAGGCUAACGUCGACACUGAUUACAAUGUCUGCUUUAGGAUGCUGCAAAACAACAACUUUACUGACUGUGGCGUCAAACUCAAAUACUACAGCACGAAUAAGGACGGCUUCAAACCAGAUAUUAUAUACACAUGUGGCCAGAACGUGCCUACAGAAUGGUGUAGCACGAGCCGGGAGGGUAGACUAUACCUGUUUACCUUAGGGGCCACAAAUACCUCAUUUCGGAUCGAGGUCGUCGCUUAUGCAGGUGUGAGUCUGUCCAAGUUAGCUUGUGUAGGUAUAGCUAUAGUGUCUGCUGCCACUAUCGUCUUCCUCAUCAUCAUAAUCACGUGGUCUGUACGCAAGCGCAACGUACGCAGUGACGACACAGGACAAACCUUGAAAGUCGCGAGCUCGCUACAAAAACCGGAAGAGGAGCAACACCUAGAUCAGAAGUAGAUGAUUUUUCGUCAAACCGUAGACAAGACCCGGUGAGUACAUUGUAGAACACCACUGAUAAAGACCACCUCCCCAAUCUGGAUGUAAACGGGGGCUGGAAUAGACAGUAUGUGCCUUUUAUUUGCUGUGUAUCUCAUAAAGAAGGAGCGUUUCCCCUUGAAUGAGGGCGUGUUCACAGCAGACUGCCAGUAACAUGCACAUUCUGAAACCUUACUAGCAUGGUACUGGAAGUAACAUGUUACUUACUUCCUCGGUUAAGCGAUAGUUGGGACGAGUACAACCAAAUGUUUUAAGAGGCUGUCAGCAAACGUUAAACUGUGCCUAGUGUUGAUCCAUUACGGAUUGCAUAUUGUCACUCUUGAUAAGCAUCGUCAAAAAACGCAAUUACGACUAUUCUAACCCUAGGAUAAAAAAACACACUUCGGAAGUACUAUUAUGGGCUAGGCAAAAUGUCGAUGAAAGUCACCUUAUUUGGCUGAUGAAUGCUCAGGUAUGUAAUUUCAAGAAAUUACGCUUUUCAAUAAGUGUAUGUGUACCUGGUGACUAGGAGGUAUCGUAAACAUACACAUGUCAUACUUUGCCUUGAUGAGUUGAAUUGUCUUGUAUACUAUUUGGAAUUGUUAAUUUUGAUUGAUAAGUUAGAAGUAUUUAAAAGCAAUAUAACAAUAAUUCAAUAUUUCUGAAAGGGCAGCAUUUGCAGUGAUCGAUUUCUCAUUUCAACUAUCAAUGGCCGGUAUUCGGACCGUCGAUCUGAAGUUCUUAUUUCCAACAAGAAUGUGCCUCUCAUUAGUUUCCGCCUUUGAUUUGCAUAACUCAAUUAUAAGUUGGCAGUUUGGCAGUUUUCUAAAAAUUAGAUCGUUUUCUAAUAGUUUAAAAACGAAAUUGAAAUUUUAAUGAAAUUAGUGAAAUAUGUAUAACGCUUUUUACACAUUAAAUUAUCAAUUUUAUCAAAAUGCAGAUUCGAUGAUUUAUAAAUUUACAUACAAAAUUAUGACAAAAGUCAUACUUCUAUGAAUACUAAGAAUUAUAUACAAAUAUGUACUCUGGAACAGAAAAGUGUGAAUCGGCGGAUAACGGACAACUAAAUCAAUUUAAAUGAAACUGACAGAUAUCGGGUCCGAACACUGCCUUCCGAUUGACAGGGAAUGUGUGCAAUACGGGAGCUAGUCAUAAUGAUUUCAACUCUUGUCUAUUAAAACAAUUUACAUUGGAAUAUUUACUAAAUAUGCAAUAUAUUAUAUCACAAAGGUAUAUAUCACAAUGAUCUAGAUGAUGGAUUAUAAUAUGAUUAUAAAAGUUGAUUCCUUCAUGUUUAUGCUAUCAUAUCUUCUAUAAUCAUUAGUAUUCAUUGCGAUCAAACCAUGCAUCAUAUAACGAUAUGCAAACGUGAUUAUUGGUUCGGAAUAAAUCAUCUUUACAG